AUGGGCAACAGUCAGGGCAAGCCCGUCGACAUGGACGGCGAAGAUAGGCUGACUUGGGUGCUCUCUUUCUUGUCGACAGUGAACCUCAACCACUUCCGUCUUCUUCGAGUUGUCGGUCGAGGCGCCUUCGGCAAGGUGCGCAUCGUCGAGAGGAAAGAUACGAACCUAUCAUUCGCACUGAAAUACAUUCGGAAAGACGAAGUUGUGCGCUCCGAGAGCGUGCGAAAUAUCAUUCGCGAGCGACGCAUGCUGGAGCACGUGAACCAUCCAUUUAUUUGCAACUUGCGAUACAGCUUUCAAGAUAUAGAGUAUCUGGUCGUUGACUUGAUGAGCGGUGGUGAUUUGCGAUUCCACAUCUCGAGGAAAACGUUCACCGAGGACGCAGUGCGGUUCUGGAUCGGGGAGCUUGGCUGCGCGUUACGCUACAUCCAUGGCCAAGGUAUCAUCCACCGAGAUGUCAAGCCUGACAACGUCCUACUCGACGCAGAUGGUCAUGUGCAUCUGACGGACUUUAAUGUUGCGUCUGAUGUCAUUCCUGGUAAGGUGCUGACGAGCAAGUCGGGCACGUUAGCCUACUUGGCACCAGAGGUCUAUGCUGGCAAAGGCUAUGAUGUUCGCGCAGACUGGUGGUCCUUGGGCGUCUUGUUUUACGAGUGUAUUUACAAUAAGCGACCCUUCGAUGGCAGUUCUGAGAGCACCCUCAGCAACCAGAUCCAGUCUGCGAGCCCCAAGUACCCUAUCACUUCGCCGCCUGUCACUCUUCCAUGUUUGUACGCCAUCCGCGACGCUCUGGAGCCAAAUCCAGACAAACGACUAGGCUGUACCUGGGAGAGCUUUAUCAAUCAUGAGUUUUUCGCUGUGCUCAACUUUGAUCACUUGGAGCAGAAGCGAAUUGACCCCGUUUUCGUACCGGCCUCGGACAAGACAAAUUUUGAUGCGACUUACGAUCUGGAGGAACUCUUGCUUGAAGAGGCACCUCUCGAAGCCCGAGCUCGCCGCCAAAAACCACGAGAGCGUCUCAAGGAGGAUGCGUCAGACAAGGAGAUCAGAGAGGAUGAGUUGUAUCGCAUGAUCGAGUCCGACUUCAAGCCCUUCGACUACACAGUCGCGGCGUACAAGAAGUACGAGCUUGCUGUUCUUGCCGGCGCCGGCGCUGGUGCUGGCACUGGUGUAGGUGCUGGUACUGGUCCUGAUCUCAAUAGGAUGACGGAGCAAGCUGCGUUGAACGGGGGCCUGAACGGCGACAUGAACCAGGCGCAAGCACCGCAAGCCUUGACUACAGACGAAGCGACGCCGGCUACGAUGGCGAUUAUCAAUGGCGGAGCCCAGCAGCAGCUAUACCAACCCGCCAUCCUACAAAAGACGCCAAGCCGUGAAAAUGGACAAGAAGCCGUGCAAGGCGCCAGCCGUCGACCUGCUUCUGUGGUGCCGCCCCCACCACCACCCAUCCCCCAGCAUUCUGGAGACUACGCGAACCAAAGAGCGGCACCGCCGACUGCAAAGAGGAUCACGAGCCCGGCGGGUGGUGUCCAGGUAACACUCGACGGUGGUGGUAGCUGGUCCGAUCUGGCCCGGCAGGAUGCCACGCUUCCUACUGACGCAAAUGCUGUCGGCGACAAGAUUGAAGGCUCAGGCGGCGUUUUUGGUUUCUUGAGUCGCAAGAAAGGCCGAGGCCACAGCCCGAAGCCCAAAGAGCGAGGUGUAUUGGGCAAGGAAGGUGCCCGUGUUGUCAUUGGCUAG